AAAAGGGACUUCAAUCACAUGGGGGAGAUUGUCAAAAGAGGAUGUAGGAGGAGCCAUGAAGAAGGUUAAGAAGACAAGGAUUAAAUGAAUGCAUUCAAUGCAUUCUUUAAAUAGAAGUGUGUAAAACUGAUGUAAUUCUCAUUUUAGCUUUGAAGGGCUCUUCUACCUGGGAGAUAAGGAAUCUACACACAUCAUCAGGCUCUCCCAAAUGUCUUGUGGCACAAAUGCUUGAGAUACACUGCAAAAGCUGGUUUAAAUGGAAGAAGAAUAACUUCAUAGAAUUUGAGAAAACCAUUCCUUUUGGAUUGUUGAGUCAAGUGGCAGGUCUCAAGGAAUAUGUAGGAGCAACUCCAGCAUUCACAUUUGAAUCAUCCACCGUAAUAGUUCAUUCAAAUACAUCUGAUGUUUCUACACCCAGUGUCGAAUUUGAUGGUGAGGAAGGAUCAGAUCAAUUCUAUGAUGCGAUUACUGUUGAGUCGUCUUCAUCGGAAGAUGAAAGCGACAAUGAAGUUGAACUCGUAAACAAGGACAAAAAAGUUAAGCUGAAGAAUGUUUCAUGGGCAAUAGCAAGCUUGGCAUUGAGGCGAGAUUCAGCGCCAGAUGUUGGCAGGGAGUUAAAUCCAAGUGUGCCCCGUGUAAUGCUCAAUCCAAGUAAUUUCCAUGGUACCAUGCAACAAGGGAAAGAUGAGAAUGACACUAACUGUUGGACCUCUCCAGGGGGUUCAGGGUUCAUGAUCAGAGGGAAGACAUAUUUAAAAGAUUACACUAAGGUCAAGGGAGGAGAUCCUUUGCUAAAGCUAAUUGCAGUUGACUGGUACAAGAUGGAGAAUUCAAUCUCAAAAGUUGCUUUGCAUCCUAAGUGUCUUGCUCAGUCUGAAGCUGGAAAGAAUAUUCCAUUCAUCCUCAUCAUUAACCUCAUGGUUCCAGCUAAACCAAACUAUAGCUUGGUUCUUUAUUAUGUUGCUGAUCGGCCUGUUAAUAAGGAUUCAUUGUUGGGUAAAUUUGUUGAUGGGACUGACAUGUAUCGUGAUUCAAGAUUUAAAUUGAUUCCAAGCAUUAUUGAGGGAUAUUGGAUGGUCAAACGUGCAGUUGGAAGUAAAGCCUGUCUUUUGGGGAAAGCAGUGACAUGCAAGUACCUCCGCCAAGACAAUUUUCUAGAGAUUGACGUGGACAUUGGCUCUUCUUCUGUCGCAAGGAGCAUCAUUGGUUUAGUACUGGGAUAUGUAACUAGCCUUGUUGUUGAUCUUGCUAUUUUGAUAGAGGCAAAAGAAGAGGCAGAACUCCCGGAGUACAUUCUUGGAACUGUUCGGCUAAAUCGAGUGAGGCUUGACUCUGCUACCCCAUUAGAUGCUUGAGGAUUUCAUUCAUACAAAAUGAUUGAGCGGAACGUGCAUUCUUCAAAGCAAUAAGAAAUUGAGACUUUCAUAAUUUGUCAAAUAGGUAUUUUUGGUUCUUCAAACAAGAGAAUGUGGAUAUUGUAUCACUGUAUAUUUUGCACUUUUAGGAGACUCAUAAUUUGACAUAUGGAGCGUUCAGGUUGUAUUUCCU